AUGACACCGUUAGCCAGCAGUGUGUCUCCUAAAAGACAGCUAUUUAGAGAGGCAGUUUUGAAUUUAGGAGCGGCAAGAUGGCAGCGGCAAACCCUGGCAGUUCUCCGGGUUCGUGGCAACCACGGAGGGGAAAAUGUGGAGGUUGCACGGCUGAUAUUUACUGUUCGUGGCACAGGAAGAGGCAGUUUCAUUUCAGGAAAGAGUGUGCACAAUCAAAGAAUAGAGCGACUGUGGAGAGACCUCUGGGUGGCCGUUACAUGCAUUUACUACGAUGUUCUUCACAACCUUGAGGAAGAGGGCCUUCUUGACAUUUCAAAUGCUGCACACCUCUUUUGCUGCCAUUACGUCUUUCUUCCUCAACUGGAGGAUGAUUUUAAUACAUUUUGCAGUGGAUGGGACAACCAUCCACUGCGAACAGAAAACAACAUGAGUCCCAACCAGCUGUGGGAGUUGGGUCACAGAUAUCACCCUGUUCCUGUUCCAGAAAACACACAGGGCUUCCAGAUUCCAGACAUUGACUGGGAGGAUAGUGGCCUAUCUUGCCAUAACCAUUCAAGCAUUGUUGUUCCGAACACUGACUGCCCAUUGACAGAAGAACAAAUGACAACUUUUCAGGGCGUUGUUAAUCCAAGAGCGGCAUCCCAGUCCUUUGGUGCUGACGUCUACAUCAUGGCUGUUCAGUUUUGUCAGCAAUUCAUUUAGAAUAGAAAAGCUACAUACAGUUGCAGGAAAAAGUUUGUGAAUCUUGUUGAAUUUCAUGGAUUUCUGCACAAUUUGGUCAUGAAAUGUAAUCUGAUCUUCAUCACGGACAUCUGGACAAUCACAGUCUGCUGUAGACUGGUCUACUAAACCAACUCAAAGAAUUUCCAUGGUGUUUUCAAUAACAUGAAAACAU